ACUUACAUAGUCUGAGAUGGAGAUUGCCAUUGGAUAUAAUCUCUGCCUUUAUCAAAAUGGUUUUGAAAUCAAAACCUCAAGCUGAGCUGCUAGCCUUUGCCAUUUCCAUCGGUGCAGUCUGCAUUGCUUCUGUUGCUUAUUAUAUUUUCACCAGAACACCCAGAGGCUGCUUAAACCCUGAGAGAUUCAAGCAAUUCAAACUAAUUAGAAAAACACCACUCAGCCACAAUGUUGCCAAGUUUAGAUUUGCCCUUCCCACACCCACAUCAGUGUUGGGCCUGCCCGUUGGAAAACAUGUCGUUUGCAGGGGAAAGGAUAGUGAAGGUGAAGAAGUAAUAAGGCCAUAUACACCAAUUACUUUGGAUAGUGACAUUGGUUACUUUGAACUUGUUGUAAAGAUGUAUCCAAAGGGAAGAAUGUCUCACCAUUUCAGGGAGAUGCAAGAAGGUGAAUUUUUGGACGUAAAGGGACCCAAGGGCCGCUUUUCAUACAAACCUAAUCAGGUUCGAGCAUUUGGGAUGAUUGCUGGAGGAUCUGGCAUUACCCCAAUAUUUCAGAUUACAAGAGCAAUAUUAAAUAACACAAAAGAUAAAACCAAUGUGAAUCUUAUGUACGCCAAUACAACAUAUGAUGAUAUUCUUUUGAAGGACGAAUUAGAUGACUUUGCCACCAAAUUUCCCAAUCAGUUCAAAGUCUUCUAUGUCGUCAGUCAGCCUCCUGAUGGAUGGAAUGGAGGUGUUGGUUACAUAUCGAAGGAAAUGAUUCAAAAACAGUGUCCACCUCCAGCUUCAGACAUUCAGAUACUGAGGUGCGGUCCACCAGGAAUGAACAAGGCCAUAGCUUCCCAUCUCGAUGCGAUUGGAUACACACCCAACAUGCAAUUCGAGUUCUAAUUGAAUUUCUUUUCUAUAUUCUUCCUGACAAAAAGAAAAAUCCCUAAUUGCAUCAUUAUCUUCUUUUUUUUUUUUAUUUAGUUAUGUAGAAAGUUUUUUUUUCCUCUCAUUUAUGCUUUUAAGACAUUGAUUUGGAUCCAACUUCAAAGAUUUGUAUGAACUUUUAUCAAUGAGAUAAAAUGGAAAA